AUGGCUGACGAAAGUGAACUUUUGGAUUAUGAAGAUGAUCCGGACACCGUACAGGAAACAAAGUCUAACGGUGAUCUGGUCGCCAAAAAGGGAGUAAAGGGUGAUUAUGUCACCGUACAUAGCUCAGGCUUUAGAGAUUUCAUUCUUAAGCCAGAGGUUCUACGAGCAAUUGUAGACUGCGGUUUCGAACACCCUUCUGAGGUUCAGCACGAGUGCAUCCCCCAAGCGAUUCUAUCCAUGGACGUGCUUUGUCAAGCCAAAUCAGGUAUGGGGAAGACGGCUGUAUUUGUCAUCGCUACACUACAACAACUUGACCCUGAGGAGGAAGGUGUAACUCGAGUUCUUGUGCUUUGUCACACUCGCGAGUUGGCUUUCCAAAUUAGCAAAGAGUAUGAGAGAUUUUCAAAGUACUUGCCCAAGAUUAAGGUUGGUGUGUUUUUCGGAGGCAUGCCGUUAAGAAAGGACAUUGACUCACUAAAGGCUUGCCAGCCACAUAUUGUGGUCGGCACUCCUGGACGUAUUCUGGAUCUAGUUCGCAACAAGGCUCUCAAGUUGGACAACGUCAAGCACUUCGUCAUCGAUGAGUGUGACAAAAUGCUGGAUACUCUCGACAUGCGCCGUGAUGUCCAAAACAUUUUCAAAAUGACGUCAAAGUCCAAACAAGUAAUGAUGUUCAGUGCAACAAUGAGCAAAGAGAUUCGUCCAGUUUGCCGAAAAUUCAUGCAAGAUCCUUUGGAAAUCUUCAUUGACAAUGACUCAAAGCUGACUCUCCAUGGACUGCGUCAACACUACGUCAAAGUGAAGGAAAAUGAGAAGAAUAGAAAAUUAUUUGAACUUUUGGAUGAAUUGCAGUUCAAUCAGGUUAUUAUCUUCGUGAAAUCGGUUCAACGUUGUAUCGCCUUAGCACAACUUCUCGUGGAUCAGAAUUUCCCUGCUAUUGCAAUGCAUCGUGCAAUGUCCCAGGACGAACGUCUGGAGCGUUAUCAAGCCUUCAAAAACUUUCAAAAGCGUCUUCUCGUGGCAACCAAUCUCUUCGGUCGUGGAAUGGAUAUUGAACGUGUUAACAUCGUAUUUAAUUACGACAUGCCCGAAGAUUCCGACACUUAUCUUCAUCGGGUCGCCCGUGCAGGUCGUUUUGGAACUAAAGGUCUGGCUAUCACUUUUAUCUCGGAUGAGCACGAUACCAACAUCCUUAAUGAUGUGCAGAAUCGUUUCGAGGUUAACAUUAGCGAACUGCCUGAUGUUAUGGAAAUCGCCAGCUACAUGGAAGACCGUUAG